UUCUCAGUAGAUAGCGGCCAUUCUUCGCCGCCAAUCGCUUGUAACAAACUAAAUGUAAAAACCCCGCCAUAGCGGGAUUAACGUGCAUUUGUGUGUGCAAAUAUGGAUUUAAAUGAAUUGAGAGAUUACCAGACUCGAUCGACAAUCACAUUGGCACGAGAGGACCAGUUGGAAAGAGACACCAAAUAUGACCCGUUUGAGCACAGAAACGUCACUCACCCUACUUCGACAGUUGGAUCUUUCUUCCAUCUUCUAAAGUCUUCGCUGGGAUCAGGGCUGCUGGCGAUGCCGGCCGCAUUUAAACACAUCGGCAUAAUUCCCGGUGUCUUUGGCACAGCCCUAGUCGCACUUAUCGCUACACACUGCGUACAUAUAUUAGUAUCUACGUCACGAGCACUGUGUGAAGAAAGCAGAGUAGCUUCGUUGAGCUACGCUGAGACGUGUGAAAAGGCUUUUAAACAUGGCCCAAAGAUGAUUAGGAGAUUUUCCACACAUGUAAGACACUUUGCUGACUUUGCCAUGGCCGGGGUUUGCUUGGGUGGAACGAGUGUCUACGUAAUUUUCAUCGCCUCCUCGCUCAAAGAUAUAUGCGACCACUUCUACCCAUCUCACGUGUACUCCGUCAAAACCUACUGCGUUUUCCUCCUACUCCCACUUAUCCUAACCUCUCAGAUCCGCCAUCUCAAGUUCCUGGUCCCUUUCUCUCUUCUAGCCAACCUCUGUCUCCUUCUGACCUUCCUUAUCACAUGCUACUACACGUUCCAGGGAAUACCGAGCGUGGGGCCGGAAAAAUUGGCAGUUGGUAUCACCCAAUGGCCCCUUUUUUUAAGCACAGCCAUCUUCGCGAUGGAGGGCAUCAACGUCGUCAUGCCCGUUGAGAACGAGAUGGCGAACCCGAAGCGCUUCCUCGGGUGCCCUGGGGUUCUGAACGUGACCAUGGUCGUCGUGGCGACCCUGUACGGUGUGGUGGGCCUGUUCGGCUUCUUGAAGUACGGCGACGAGGCCCAAGGAAGCGUCACUCUGAAUCUCCCGCAGGAUGAAAUCCUGGCGAUGGUAGCGAAAAUUCUGGUGGCUGUAGCGGUAUUCUUCACAUAUUGCCUGCAGAUGUACGCGCCUUUGGAUAUCCUCUGGACUCGAAUACAGAGUUGCAUAUCUGUGAACUACCAUAAUCUGGGGCAAGUCGUUCUUAGAACACUGUGUGUCGCUCUCACAGUGACCCUGGCCAUCGCAGUUCCCGACUUGGAGCUGCUGAUAGGUCUGGUGGGCGCCAUCUUCUUCUCAACCCUGGGCCUUCUCAUCCCGGUGGUGGUGCAGACCGCCCACUGCUGGGACAGGGACUUGGGGCCGUAUCUGAUAGUUGUGUGGAAGAAUACCCUGCUGUUGCUGUUCUACUUACUGGUUCUGGUUUCUGGUUGCUACGUGUCUAUUGCUGAAAUGGUUGCAAAGUUUUCCUAGUACUUAUAAUAUUCGUGUUUGGAGCUUGGUAUUUAAACAAGGCCUUUUAACAUUUUACCUACAGGGUACUUUUGAGCGUAGCUCCUCAAUACGGGUGUCUUUUCUGUAGUUUUUGUAGUUUUAAUUCAAAUAUAAUUAUGUUAAAGGCAUUUUAUUUUAAUUUCUUUAGAACACUAAUAAACAGUCAUACAUAUCACAAUAAAUCUGUUACAUAUGUUGUACACAGUGUACAAAACUGAGAAAUGAUACAAAAUCUGCUAAAAUCUUGGAACUAAUGAGGAAUCAGAAGAAAUUCUGAAACCUUCCCAAGAGAUUCCUAACACUAGGAAUUCUUAGGAUUACUCCUUCAUUCGUUUUCGAGUUCCUUAAUUCACGUUUUCAAAUCGCUCGAACACAACUUAAAUCCAAAUAAUACCUAGUUAUUUUCACCACACCAGCUCGGAAAGCCUUACUUUGCACUUCAUAAACUGAUUAUAGCAUGAGCGGUUAAACAACAACUUUGCCCCCUUGUAAAACAAAUAACUCUUUCCAUUUAAUUAAAUUUAUUACUAUUUUAUGUCGCACUAUACCUACUUGCAUAGAGUGCUUAGAUUGUAUGAGAGCGGCUCAUUGACGGCGGGUUCAUGUGACCCUUAAGUAAUUCAUUAUCAUAACCACACUACGUCAUGUAUCAAAGCGCUCAUUAGAGCGUACUAAGUACGUGACAUUCGGCGCGAUUCGGGAAGUGAAUUAGAGAUUAACUAGAUACGAUAUAGUAAAGAUAUGUGACGUCCUACGGGUAAAGGUACCUUAUGGGGGUUGGCGCUUACGCUAUUAUUAACGCCGCUCCAAUAUUAUUGCGGCGCUUUGCGACGUAAGCACCGGCCGCCACAAGGUACCUUUUUCCGUGGAACGUCACAUAUCUUCACUAUUUCAUAUCUAGUCAAUCUCUAAUUCAUUUCCCGAAUCGCGGCGCCAGCCGCCAUAAGGUACCUUUUGUAGUGGAUCGUCGCAUAUCUUUACUAUUUCAUAUCUAGUGAGUCACUAAUUCAUUUCCCGAAUCGAGCCGAUUGUCAUCUCGACGCGACGUGCUUAUUAUCACACUGCAUGACUGAUCCAUUAAUCAAACCAAUUAACACAUCCGUACUCCGCUAUAAUUAAAAAAACUUUAAUUUUCCCUAAUCGCUUUAAAAAUGGCAUAAAACCUUGUCUCGAUCACUUGAAUGCUAGAAUUCAAGAUGGCGUCUACCACAAAAUGGUGGACGUUGAUUGCCGCGUUUAUUUUGUCGCUUUGUGUGAAUAGAGCUACCCCUUCGGCGGAGAUUAUGAAGAAAUUGACUACUGGGUUUGCCACGGCGCUGGAUAAGUGUAAGACCGAG